UUUUGGUGUGGCUACGUGACGUCAUAAGGCUGCGCCGCACUCCUGCAUCUGAGAUUCUGCUGAAGAAAGGUUUGUUUUACAACAAACAGAACAACAGAAAAGAGAAACUCCUGCUGAAGCACACUGUUAUAAAGAUGGCGUUUAUUAAAGUCGAGAGUGAAGACCUGAAGAUUGAAGAAGCUUUCACAGUUAAACAAGAAGAUCCUGAGGAACAAACAGAGAUGAUGUUUAUUAAAGAGGAGAGAGAAGAAGUGAAGAUUGAAGUCAAACAUGAAGAUACUGAGGAACAGACAGAUCUGAUGGCGCUGAAAGAGAAGAGUCGGGAACUGAAUGAAACGGAAGAAAAAAAUCUGACUGAGAAAUGUUAUAAUGUCAUGGCUGGGAAAACAUCUUUUAGUUACUCUCAGACUCGUAAAAGAGAAACUAGAAAGCCUGAAGUCCAGAUGAGAGUUCACACUGAAGAGAGACCUUUCACCUGUCAACACUGUGGAAAGAGUUUCAGUGGAAAACAUAACCUUUCAAGCCACUUGAAUGUCCACAAACCCAAACCUUAUACAUGCAAACUAUGUGGGAAGAGUUUCUCACAAAAAGGAAGUCUUAAGACUCACAUGAGAGUUCACUUUGGUGAAAAGCUGUUCAUAUGCUUUCAGUGUGGAAAGAGUUUCAGUCAAAAAGAGAGUCUUAAUGGCCACAUGAGAGUUCACACUGUAGAAGGCCCUUUCACCUGCAAACUGUGUGGAAAAUGUUUCGGUCAAAAGGCAAACUUUGAUGGCCACAUGAGAGUUCACUCUGGAGAGAAGCCAUUCAAAUGCCCUCACUGUGGAAAGAGUUUUACACUGAAAAAGAAACUUACAGCCCACUUGAAGAUUCACACCAGAGGCAAUCCUCACACCUGCAAACUGUGUGGGAAGAGUUGGACAUCAAAUGCUCAUCUAAUGUCUCACAUGAGAGUUCACACUGGAGAGAAGCCUUACACCUGCAAACUGUGUGGGAAGGGUUUCACAGAAAAUGGCCAUGUGAUGACUCACAUGAGAGUUCACACUGGAGAGAAGCCUUACACCUGCGAACUGUGUGGAAAGUGUUUCAAACAUAAAAGAAGCCUUAAGUAUCACAUGAGUAUUCACUCAAGAGUGAAAUGUUUUAGAUGUGAUGUGUGCAAAACAAGUUUUGCUGACAGCAAUCAACUUAAGAAUCAUGUACAAAAUCACAUUGGGGAGAGGCCUUUCAUGUGCCCUCAGUGUGGAAAGAGUUUCAUGGUUAAAGGAAACCUUAAGCUGCACAUGAGAGUUCACACUGGAGAGAAGCCUUACACCUGCCCUCAGUGUGGAAAGUGUUUCUCAGUUAAAGGAAACCUUAAGACUCAUAUGCGACUUCACACUGGAGAGAAGACUUACAAGUGUGUUCAGUGUGGCAUGAGUUUCCCAUAUCACAUAAGCCUGAAACAGCAUUUGCAAACUCAUUCUGGAAAGAAUUCCUAGUUUACCAUGUGACAAAAGGUUUAGAAAUAAUGCAUUCACUCUGGAGAAAGACAGUUCAAUUGUGAUUGGUGUAAUAAAAACAGCAGACUUACAAAUAUGAAAAGUUGUUUAAUUGUGACCCUGUUUGUGUUCUUUAUUUUAUUUUUUUAAAGUACCCUUACAAAUGGUUUGUUCAAGACCACUGUUAGUACACUUCUUUUUGACUAAAAAUAAGAAUAGAAAGUAAUCACCUCCCUUUUAAAUAAUUUAUUUUUGUUGCUAAAAUGAAGGACAGUUUUUGUUUUAGCCAGCUGUAUUUACUGUAGUAUAAAUAGCCAUAAGCGGCAAUCAUCGGGGUCCAAGCACAACCCAUUGGGCAAUAGAUGUUGAAAAGACAUUAGAAAAAACAGGUCAAAUAUGCAAAUCCAACUGAUGUCAAAAACCUGAAACGACAUUGAUUUGAUGUAAAUUGAACGUCAAACAAAUUGGCCUACUUAAACAUUAAUCCAAUUUCAUUGUAGGAUUACCUUCCUAAUUUCACCUAGUUACCACUGGAAGAAUUUGCUGUCCACAGUUAAUUUAAAAUGAUGUUACAGCAUCGUCAUCGGUGACUAAUGUUUGACAUCAAAUUGAUAUCAAGUUGCCCACUGGGAAACACCUUGUGUAGAGGAUAGAGUUAAUUUACAAUAGCCAUGUCUCUUUUCAAACAUAAUACUAGUAGGCCUAUUUAAGUGUCUUUCUAUGGAAGUAUUAUUUUAUGUACCAUAUCACAAUAGAUAAAUAAUAUUGUC